AUGAACGAAGAAAAAGUUACGACUGAUAUUAUUACUUUGACCCGACAUGUUCUCGAUGAACAACGUAAACACAAGGAAGCUAGUGGCGAUUUAUCUUUAUUAUUGAAUGCUGUUCAACUUGGCUGUAAAUUCGUAGCGACCAACGUUCGAAAGGCGCGAAUUGGUCUUGCUGGUGGAGCACAAAAUGUUUCGGGUGAAGACCAAAAAAAACUUGAUGUUAUCUCUAAUGAAAUUUUCAUCAAUGCACUUCGUUCUUCCGGAAAAGUAGCCGUGAUGGUUUCUGAAGAAGAUGAGGAUGCAAUCAUUGUUGAAGAAGGAUUGAAAGGGAAAUAUUGUGUAGUGUUUGAUCCAUUGGAUGGCUCUUCUAAUAUUGAUGCAGGUGUUAAUGUUGGUACAAUUUUCGGUAUUUAUCGAGUGAAUGAAGGGUCAGCUGGGACAAUCAAGGACGUUCUUCGCCCUGGUCGUGAAAUGAUUGUUGCCGGUUACUGUAUGUAUGGUAGUUCGGCAAAUAUGGUCCUUACGGUCGGAAAUGGUGUGAACGGCUAUACUCUUGACAAUGCUAUUGGUGAAUUUAUACUUACUCAUCCCAAUAUUAGAAUUCCAUCUCGUGGCAAGAUAUAUUCAGUGAAUGAAGGUAAUGCAAAAUACUGGAGUGAAGCUUGCCAAGAAUAUUUUCAUUCGCUUAAAUUUCCACCAGAAGGUAAAAACCCAUAUUCAGCCCGUUAUAUCGGAUCUAUGGUAGCAGAUGUUCAUCGUACACUUUUGUAUGGUGGAAUUUUUGCGUAUCCUGCUGACAAGAAAUCCAAAAAUGGGAAGCUUCGUGUGUUGUAUGAAUGUUUUCCUAUGGCCUUCUUGACAGAACAAGCAGGUGGUAAAGCUAUUACUGGUCUUGAAAGAGUGCUCGAUGUUGUUCCAGAGAGCAUUCAUUCUAGAUGUCCAAUCUUCUUAGGUAGUAAAGAAGACGUGGAGGAUGUUGAAAGACUUUAUAAAAAGUAUUCGAAAUAA